GCCCGACAAAGAGGUGAUAUUCUUUCCCUGCAGAUCCCACAAUGCACCUUUUGAAGGCACUGGUCCUAGUGGGAGAAGGUUGGUGCCCUUUGGUUCAGUUUUCUUUGACCAAUCAGCCGUCGUCUCGCUGGCUGCCGGCCUGUGUGUGUGUCUGUGUGUGUAUUUGUGUGAUUGUUCUUUUGAUCCGACCCUGUCUGAUGCCUUCAGCCCAAUGACCCGUGCUGCGUGUGUGGAGAGCGUGACAAUGGCCCUGAGCUAAAUCAGCCUUUUGUCUGUCUUCACGAGGCAAGUCUCCCUGCCCGGCAGAACGCAGGACCUGGGGCUCAGACUGAAGCUUAGCCCAUUGAGAAAGUGAGAGUGAGACAGGCCGGGGGGCAGGUGGCUGUGGUGGAGGCAUGAGGUGGCAGUUUCUCAUGCAUUACUGAUUUCUGACAGACCAUAAAUCGAAUUGCUAAGACUGCAGAAAAGGAAAGGGACUGUUUGAAGGGGAAUUAAACAUUGUACUUCCUUUUCUUUUCAUAAAACGACCGAGCAAGCUUUCUCGAGAACAGGAGUUAAAAGAGGUGAACAGGAAAGAGCGUAUAGGAGGCUGGGUUCUGCAGACGCGGGUCCACCACAAUCAUCACAUGACCUGGAUUUCCGCUUUGACACAUUUUACCCUUGGCUGCACGGCGGGGCAGGGCCACACAGUCAGAGCUGCCGCGGCAGGACAGGAUGGUGCUUUGAGGACUACUCCACCAUGCAGUCCACCAUGAAUUUCAAUGGGCUUCAACGCCAGGGCGGACAGGAGAUUGUGGAUAACACUCAGAGGAAGAAAGGUUCUCUGUGGUCCCGACGUUCCCUGAGGGGGAGCAAGGAUCGACUCCGGCAGAACACAAGCUCACUGCCCCGAGACUGCAAGCCCAAACGAAACAACUCACUGGUCGACUACUCGGACCCACAAAGGACAACAAUUGUACUGGAAAAGCAAGACAAUGAGACAUUCGGGUUUGAAAUUCAGACCUACGGACUGCAGCUGAAGAACAUCUCUGCAGUGGAGAUGUGCACGUCUGUGAGCAACGUGCAGGAGGACAGUGCGGCGGAGAGCGCAGGCCUGACCGCAGGCGAUGUGAUCGUCACCAUCAACGGGGUCAGCAUCGAAGGGUCGUCUCAUCAGGACAUACUCGCUCUGAUAAGAGAAUCAACCAACAGUCUGAAGAUGGAGACUGUCUGUGGGAACGUGGUGAAGCAGAUCGAGCUGGAGAAGAGGGUGAACCUGCUCAAGCAAUCACUACAUGAGAAACGGAUGGAGCUGCAGGCGCUCACAUUACAGGAAAGACGCCUGAUGCGAGGUAACUUGAACGACAGCAGCUUCCGCCUCUCCACGGACUCCUCGUUGAGCUCGCCCACAGGCCGCGCGCAUGGCCGGCGGUUCUCCAGUGACAGUAGCUACAGGAGCGCCGCGACCGAUGACAGUGACCAGAUCAGCGUGUUCGGGGACAUGUGCUCCCCCAGCCCCUGCAGUGCAGCCAGCAACCCGGACGACAGCUGCUUCUUCUCCAGAGACUUCCUCUCGAAGGACAGCUCCAGGAGGUUCUCCCAGAGCUCCGGCCAUCACCGCCACCAACAUUCCAUCGGCCGCUCCAGCAGCUCCAGCUUCGCCGGCAGCAGCAGCUCCCUCUCCCCCUCGUGGGAGGAGACGAGGAUCACCUCCUUGUUCGGGACCCUGCCCAGGAAGGGCCGGCGAGCCAGUGUUCGCAAACACAUCCUCAAGUUGAUUCCUGGACUCCAGCGGUCGGUUGAGGAGGACGAGACAAACACUCAGUGACUCGUUGUUCACACGCUCCUCCUCGUCUCCUCUACAAACGAACGAGGGGGUUCAUUCUGUGAGACUUUGCAGUGAAGUGUAUACGCACUCAGAAAGGUUCUUUAAAAAAAUCACAAGCAUUGGCUUCAAUGGAGACAGACAUUGUGAAGGGUCUCCUGAACGGUAGAGAUGAGCCUGGCACAAAAGCAUUAUGAAACUGUGAAGUGUUCGAAUUAAGGUUAGCAUCAGAUUGUAAUGUCUAAAAAACCAAAUUAUUUACCCAUAUAACUUUAAUAGAUGUUUCUGUUCUCAUGUCCUAAUCACAGUUUGUAACUAGAAAGCAUUCAGCACCGCACAAUCCUCUACCAAAGUCAACUUGAACUCCAUCAAGCUGCUCCAAAUUGCAGAGACAUAUCAUUUCCCUAAAUGUGUGGAUUUUUGCUGAUCAUUAAUAUGUGAGAAAUUGGGGAAAUGUGGAAAAACAACUUCUGGAUCUGUCCUCUGAUCAGGAUCUGCAUCACAUCCCACCCAGACUGUGUCCUGCCACCAAGUUGUAUCUUACUUCCAAACAGACACCCAAAGAAACGGACAGGGGUGAAAACACAACCUCCCUGGUGGAGGUAAAAAUCACCUCUGGUUUUAAAAUGUGGCUGUUGUGACUUGUAUAAAUGAGUGAGUCUUUUUACAAAGCUCGCGUUGACGUCUGCUCAGCUCAAAACAGGAUGUGGGUACGGGUACAACUUACCUGUUUUCAUUUCUACAACUAUUUUCAUACGCCUCACUUUCGUUGGGCGGAAGAACUGAAACUGCUUCUUGUAAAUGUAUAUGUUUCACAUUUGAGUGUAAAGUAAUUGAUUGAUUCAUUCUGUAGCAUUUUUACACACGACCAUGAUGCAAAAUAUUUGUCAAUGCAUUCAAACAAAAUAUACUUGUUAAGUUUUAUAAACCUGCCUGUGUUGUCUGUCUCUAACUGAUAAUAAUGCACAGUAAUUAAACAGUAAAGGUUUGACUUAUUUCAA